GUUCCGACAGAAAAACGCCAGAGGCGCCGCCGUCGCCACGGAGACGCGCGAAAAUCAGUUGUCAUCCUCGUUUUUUGACAUCCGUUUUCAUUGGGGCCUUAUGACAAAUUUUCGUUCUACGACAAAACGACGACCAUUUCAUAACCACAGCAUCUUGUGAAUAUGACGAUUGGCGCACCUAAAUUCACUACGUUCGUUGGCAACAGGAAGAUUUGAAGAGGGAAAAAUUGGAAAUUUUUUGAAAAAGUGGAAGGCGAGAAGAGGUGGGAGAUAUUGGUUAAAGCGCGGGGCCGGAGCUAGCGAGCAAGUGAGAGAGAAGUAGAGGGGAGCACCGUUUUGGACGCUGCGCUCCUCCGGUAUCUAAUCAGCGUAAGGUUCCUGCCGCGGCAGCAGUAGCGCGCGGUCCCUCGGGAUAUUAUGUGCGCGGUGCGGUGAAUCGACUUACGUUACAAGAACGGAAGAACGAUACGCAGGAUUGAAACAGGAGCGGGAUCAGGAACGUAUUGAAAAGGAACGUACGAGGAGUCACUAAGUUGCAACGUAAACGGUCGUCAGGAUCGCUUUGAAAUUCGAUUGGAAGUAGCGGACUGAAAAGUGUGCGCCAAACGCCGCGGCGUUGUGUAGUUGUGGUGUUAACGCGCCGCGCUAAUGGACAAACAUGGCCGCUGACUCCGGAAUGGAUACGUGCCCGUCCCCAGAGAUCGCAGAUUCCCGGAAGCGGCCCCUAGACGGGGACAAUGAAAACGGGGACACGAAGAGGUCGCACUUUAGCAACAACUCAGGGGGUGAUGGAACGUACCACUUUAAAUUGUUGGUACCCAGCGUGGCGGCCGGGGCUAUUAUCGGUAAAGGAGGCGAGACUAUUGCCCAACUACAAAAGGAUACCACGGCCCGUGUUAAAAUGUCCAAAUCACAUGAUUUUUAUCCAGGAACAACAGAAAGAGUAUGUCUCAUAACAGGAUCGGCAGAGGCAAUCAUGCAAGUCCUAGAUUUCAUAAUGGACAAGAUCAGGGAAAAACCAGACCUUAAUAAACCAAUAACCGAUACCGACAAUAAGAUGCAAGAUAGGGAUAAACAGGUGAAAAUUUUAGUGCCGAACUCAACGGCGGGUAUGAUAAUAGGAAAAGCAGGAAAUUACAUCAAACUGAUCAAAGAAAAUAGUGGUUCGUACGUGCAGAUCUCUCAGAAAGCCAAAGAUGUUAGUCUUCAGGAGAGAUGUAUAACUGUGAUAGGUGAAAAAGAGGCGAAUAAAAAAGCUUGCAUGAUGAUUCUGUCGAAAGUAGUAGAUGAUCCACAAAGUGGCGCGUGCCUAAACGUUUCUUACGCUGACGUAAGCGGUCCCGUAGCGAAUUUCAACCCCACCGGCUCCCCAUUCGCUCAGAGUACAGGAAAUGCGUUCAGCGCUUCAAACGCUAGUCUGAAUAGCGGUUUGGGUACAGCCCAGAGUAUGAUGCUCAAUGGGGGACUCAAUCUCAGUCUGAAUUUGAACGCCCCAGGUCAAAACGUCGGCUCGCUCACCGCACAACUCCUCGAAAACAUCAAAAUUCAAUUGAGGACAUCGGGUUAUUCUGAACAACAAUUAAUGGAGAUUUGUGCCGCUUUAUCAGUUUUGGCUAAAUAUGGUGUUUUGGCUACGUUGGGUUUAGGCAGUGCCCAUGCUGGUGGUUUACCGAAUUAUCUUAGUUUUGCUGAUCAAGGCGGAGCAGCUAGUGCAAAUACAGGGAUGUUUGGACCGAUUGGGCAAGUUAGCAUCGGGGAAUGUUUAGGUACGACAUCGCCAACUCAAAGAGGCAAGCUCGAAUUCGAAUACGACCCGUUUAGGCAUCAAAGUAGCCAAGCUGCCGCCCCCAUUUCUCUUAACAACAACAGUUUCGGAUUAGGCACUGGUCAACAAAUGGCUGUGUUAAGUAAAAGUCCAACUCCGGCUGAAUUAAAUGGCACUAAAGAUUCGAAAAAUGUUGAAAUCGCCGAAGUUAUCGUUGGAGCUAUUUUAGGACCUGGUGGAAGAUCAUUAGUAGAAAUUCAACAAUUAAGCGGAGCCAAUAUUCAAAUUUCAAAAAAGGGGAUUUUCGCUCCAGGUACACGAAAUCGCAUAGUGACUAUCACCGGUAAUCCGAAUGCGAUAAACACAGCCCAGUAUCUGAUAGAGCAACGGAUAUCGGAGGAGGAGAUGAAAAGGGCGAGGAAUAACGCCCUCGGAUCGUUGGGCAUGCAGUGAUAGCAUCAGCAGGUACAACACUCCUCGAUGACCGUUCCCCACAAUAAUAGUUGUUUCUGUACGUCCGAUCAACUGCGCGAAUUUGUUUUCGUUUUAGCCACCGAUCAUUUGUAUACAACAUUGUCUGUGUAUAUUUAUAGCAGUUUUUAUGAACGUUGGCCUUAAAUUAAUAUAUAAUUUUCUAAGUUAUACAACACAUAUAUAUUAUGGAAGAAAGAAUGUGUAUAUGUCUAGACAAUUCGUUUCUUUUUUUUUAAUCUAAACUAGCGAAUAGAAUUUUUUAAGACGGGAUACAAACUUUGUUACCAGAAAUCAAGUCUUAUUAAUUGUAUAACCAGUUUUAUUGUUUGUUAUAUUUUAAAGGUUUAAAUCGAAUUUAUUAUUUGUUAGGGUGGUUUAUCUUAAAUCAUUAAUUGAAGCAAAACGUUUCUACAUAAAUAAAAAAAAAUCGUGCAAUACCAAAACAGAUUUAACGAUUUAUAUAAAUUUUAAUAUUUGUUACAUAUAUUUUAUCCCGCAAUUAUUAUAUUGUAUAGCGUUAAUUUUUAAUUGUAUAGUAAUCUAAUUGGGAUAUAGCGUAUAUUCACAUCGAUCUGAACGAAAAGGUACGUUUAUUAUUCGUGUUGCUGCUAAUAUCGCUUAUUCUAAAUGAAAAACACAAAAAAGAUAAGGAACUGGGCGUUCGAGGUACUGUAUCUUAUAGUAUAGGUUUUAGUUUUUCAAUAUUUUCUUUUAUUUAGAAGCUCUUGUGAUCGGGUGUAAUGUGUUCUAUAAAAAAUUCUCGUACGAAAAACAUAGGAAGGAAUAACUGAUAUGAUUUUCUAUUUUCAUUGAACGAACACUUUUACCAAUCUUUCCAACUUGUUAUAAUAAUAGGGAAAUUAGCUUGUUUUCGCAUAAAUAACUCUUUAUGAAGCAACUAUAGACGUUCAAAUUCCAUCACAACUUAACACAAAAAUCAUUUAAUUAAAAAAAAAUCUAUUCUCUUCAUUCGCAAAGAAGAUAUAUAUUAAAUAUUCUCCUCUAGUCCGAUGUCUCGUGAUACAUUAAAGUAAAUUAAAAGAGAAAGUCCAAAUUAAUCCAUUUUUUAUGUUAAAACUUGGUUAAAACGGGGUGAAAUAAAAAAUUUUUCGCCAAAUCAUUAAAUUCCAAUGAUUUUACGAAAAAUAACUAAAGGAACAGAAAUUUGUGUGCGUAUGAAAUUGCGAUUGUUGCAUUAUUUACAAGCUCUGUGAUAUCGUGAUCAGUUUGGACAAAAAUUGUAUUUGAAGUAUAUUGCAAGAAAAAAAAUACAUAAAGAAAAAUAUUAAUAAAAGGUGCAUAUAGGAGAAAAAGAAACAUUCUGCGUAUAUAUUUUUCAAUAAUCCCUUCGUUCCAUAUACAUACAUAAUAUAAAUAGCGAUACGUAGAGGGAGAGAAAAAAUAUUUGUACCUGUUAACUAAAAAAAAAAUAUUUAUGGAGAAUUUAAAUAGAUUAUAUUAAUUAAAAAAUAGAUAAGCAAAGCGAGAAUACAUUGUUAUUAAUUAAUCCCAUUAAUGAACUAAAAACGAAAAGCAAAACGUCUUAUUCUCUUUAUUAAUAAUAGCUUUCUUAAACAAUUUGCAACUAUUAAAAAUUAAAAUCACUUAAUGAGUUAAUAAUCAACGGUCAACGAAACGUUAUUUAUUGAUGUUUGAUUGUUGAUUCAUUUUCGUUUACCAUAAUAAAUAAAUAAAUAAAAUGAAAAGAAUCAGGAGAACUAUUUACACACUGAGGGCAUAAUUACAUUGUAUGUACAUAAAAGAAUAAGUAGUCAUAGAGUAGAGACUUUAUUCAUAUUAAAAAAAUAAAAACUGUUAUUCCUUCUAACGUCUACAAGAAAAUUAUACAUGGAAAGUAUAUAUGAGAAAAAAUGUGUAAACAAAAUUAUAUAUAUAUACACAUAUAAAAAAUAUUAUAUUGUUGUUAUCGCAUGUUGUUGAUAUUGUUGUUUAAAGAAAACCUUUUAAUUCGGCGACGGUAACUCGCCGUUAACCAAUCGAAAAAAUAAAAAAAAGAAAAUACGGGAUUAUUUUUAUGAAUGCAUGCGUUAACAAUGUUGUUUUAAUGAUAUUAUUUUAAUCAGUUUUAAAACAUAAUAAGGCAUUUUAGAGAAUUACUUUUUUUUAUUUGAGGAAUGAAUUUGGUUUAAUAUGAUCUGCAAAUUUAAUAAAUAUCUAAUAAAACGCAAGUUUACACAGUUUAGGA